GGAAGCACCCUUCACUAUCCGGCGGCUCCUGCGCUGCCGCCCUCCCGCCAGCAGUGGGCCCCCGCCCCGCCCCGUCACGCGUAGCGCGCCGCUCUCCACCAGGAAGUCGCUCCCCGGCCGGAAGUCGGGCGUCAGAGCGUCCCGCAAGAUGGCGGCGUCCACAAGCCCGGGCGCGUUGGCGCGGGACGGCUGCCGGGGACUCACGGCCCGCGGGAAGCGCGGAGCCGGGCGCGGACAGCGCCGCAGGCCUGGGGGCGGCGGGGAGGGGGCUCUGAAGCGGCUAAAGCUAGCAGUGGAGGAGUUCGUGCAGGCGACCUCGGAGCGCGAGACCCCCGGCGGCUGCGAGGGCCGCCGGGCUCAGGGACGCAGGCGCCCGGGCGGGAGGAAAAGCCGCAGGGAGCUGAGGAAGGAGAAGCGGCACCUGAAGAAGGCGCGCCGGCUCCAGCGGACGGCCGGUUCCGCGCAGGGCCCGGGGGGCGGCGGAGUCGGGGGAGCGAGCGGUCCCCGGGCAGAGGCGGGGACGGCGGGAGAGGGCGGCCGGCCGCCCCCACGUCGGGCCCCACUGCAGCCGGAGGGGCUGCGACCCUCUGAGGCCCCGGCCAAGGCCGCCCCAGCCCAGGCCAAGGCCAGAGGCUCCCCCGGGAGGACCAAGGCCCCCUUAGCCGCCGCCGCUGCCCGGAAACGCGCACUUCUGGCGGCCAACGAGGAGGAGGACCGAGAGAUCCGAAAGCUGGAGCGCUGCCUCGGCUUGAACAAGCGCAGGAAGAAGGGCGACGGUAGCUCCGUGCCGCUUAGCUUUGCCCGCGAUGGACUCGACUACAUCCUGGGAGCCCUGGAGUCUGGGGGAAAUAGUGCCUUGUAUGAGAGCAGCAGUGAGGAGGAGGAGGAGGGGGGCGCCGGACAGACACUCCCGGAAAGUGAUUCAGAGACUGACACCGAGGACGAACGGGAGGCGCAGGACGUGGAAGAGGAAGACGAGCGGGAAGCAGAAGCCGGAACGCAGAGCGAGGAGGACGAGGACGAGGGAAAGCGAAAAAGCGGAGGAGCGGAAGGGACAGCGAAGAAGAAAAGGAGGCAAAAGAGAGUCCGCUUUGCGGAAGAUGAGGAGAGGAGUGAAAGUUCCUCGGAGGAGGCUGACGCGGCAGAUCAGCAGAGUCUUUGUGAAAAUGGUGGAAAGUACAUACCACCUCAUGAGAGGCGAGCAGAGGAGACAGUGGAUGCGCAGAAAAAGGAAGAGCUGGAAAGGCUGAAGAAACAGGUCAAAGGUCUGAUUAACAGGUUGAGCGAGCCAAACUUAGCCUCGAUAAGCGGGCAGCUGGAGGAGCUGUACAUGGCCCACAGCCGGAAGGACGUGAGCGACACUCUGACGGGCGUCCUCCUGAGUGCCUGCGCGCCGGACGCGGCCAUGCCCAGCAGGCUGGUGAUGGAGCACGUCCUCCUGGUCAGCAUUCUUCACUGCACGGUCGGAAUCGAGGUCGGCGCCCACUUUCUGGAGGCCGUGGUGAGGCGGUUUACCGGCGUCUAUGCGAGCGGCCGGGAGGGGAAGGAGUGCGACAACCUGUUCACCGUCAUCGCCCAUUUGUACAACUUCCGCGUGGUGCAGUCUCUCCUCAUCUUUGACAUCUUGAGAAAACUUGUGGGAACUUUCACAGAGAAAGACAUCGAGCUGAUCCUGUUAAUGCUGAAGCACGUGGGCUUUUCAUUGAGAAAAGACGAUGCCUUGUCACUCAAGGAGCUGAUCGCCGAGACCCAGGCCAAAGCCAGCCGGGCGGGCGGCGAGUUCCGGGACCAGAGCCGGAUCCGGUUUAUGCUGGAGACACUAUUGGCCCUGAAGAACAACGACGUGCGGAAGAUUCCGGGCUACGACCCCGAACCUGUGGAGAGGCUGCGGAAGCUGCAGAGAGCACUGGUGCGCGGCGCCGGCUCAGGGACAGAGACUCAGCUCCGUGUCUCCUGGGACAACAUCCUGAACGCGGAGCAGACUGGGCGCUGGUGGAUCGUGGGGUCAGCCUGGAGCGGCGCCCCGAUGAUUGACAACAGUCAGCAGAAGACCCCACAGAAGCGGCCCCUGGGGACGGUCAGUGCGAAGAUCCUGGAACUUGCCCGGAAGCAGAGGAUGAACACUGACGUCAGGAGAAACAUAUUUUGUACAAUAAUGACUAGUGAAGACUUUCUGGAUGCAUUUGAAAAGCUUCUAAAACUUGGACUUAAGGAUCAGCAGGAGAGGGAAAUAGUCCACGUCCUCAUGGAUUGCUGCCUUCAGGAGAGAACGUACAACCCUUUCUAUGCGUUCCUGGCCGGCAAGCUGUGUGACUACGAGAGGCGGUUUCAGAUGACUUUCCAGUUCAGCAUCUGGGACAAAUUUCGGGAUUUAGGAAAUUUGCCAGCCACUAAUUUCUCUAAUUUGGUUCAUCUGGUGGCCCACUUGUUGAAGGCAAAAUCACUGCCACUUUCCAUCUUAAAGGUCGUUGAAUUCAGUGAAUUGGACAAACCCAGAGUCCACUUCUUAAGAAAAGUGUUAUAUAUGCUGUUAAUGGAAACAGAGGUUGAAGACCUUGGUUUAAUUUUUGCAAGGGUGUCGGACAACCCCGCGCUGGGCCUGUUGCGGGAGGGCCUGAAGCUUUUCAUCAGCCACUUCCUGCUGAAGGGCGGCCAGGUUCCCGGGAGCGCCGAGGAGGCCAGUGUGCUCAGGGAGAGAGCUGAGCUCACCACCAGAUCUCUGCAGGGAAGGGCUUCCCUGAGGAUGUAGUCCGGGAGUGGGGGGGGGUGCUCAUCUGUCUGUAAAAUGUCCUUUGUAAACCCAGAAGGCCCGUUACUCUGCUCUGUGUAAAGCCUGGUGGAGCUGUAGCACAGUCUGAUGUAUUUAAAAUGUUGUAUUUUGAUUGAAGUUAUAUUGUAUUUGUGUUUUGAACCAUUGUCAAAUAACUAUAUCUCUUUGUACGUAGUGGAGGCGGGAGGGGGAGUGGCAGACACUGGACAGUGUUCUCUAAGUGAUGAGACCACGAGGGGUGUGCCAGUGUCUUAUUUUUUUAAUAGACAAAGUAGGCUUCCAGGCAGUGCACGGAAGUAUUUCUUUUCUUAUAAAGAAAUUGAUGCAUUUUUAUCUUUUUUAAUAUAUUGGUUAAAAGUUCAAAAACCAUCA